AUGAUCAAGAACAAGCAAUGUGACGAUCAUCAGAUCAAGAACAAGCGAUGUGACGAUCAUCAGAUCAAGAAUAAGCCAUGUGAUGAUCAUCAGAUCAAGAACAAGCGAUGUGAUGAUCAUCAGAUCAAGAACAAGCAAUGUGACGAUCAUCAGAUCAAGAACAAACAAUGUGACGAUCAUCAGAUCAAGAACAAGCGAUGUGAUGAUCAUCAGAUCAAGAAUAAGCCAUGUGAUGAUCAUCAGAUCAAGAACAAGCCAUGUGACGAUCAUCAGAUCAAAAACAAGCCAUGUGAUGAUCAUCAGAUCAAGAACAAGCGAUGUGAUGAUCAUCAGAUCAAGAACAAGCGAUGUGAUGAUCAUCAGAUCAAGAACAAGCCAUGUGAUGAUCAUCAGAUCAAGAACAAGCCAUGUGACGAUCAUCAGAUCAAAAACAAGCCAUGUGAUGAUCAUCAGAUCAAGAACAAGCGAUGUGAUGAUCAUCAGAUCAAGAACAAGCCAUGUGAUGAUCAUCAGAUCAAGAACAAGCCAUGUGGUGAUCAUCAGAUCAAAAACAAGCCAUGUGACGAUCAUCAGAUCAAGAACAAGCGAUGUGAUGAUCAUCAGAUCAAGAACAAGCGAUGUGAUGAUCAUCAGAUCAAGAACAAGCCAUGUGAUGAUCAUCAGAUCAAGAACAAGCCAUGUGACGAUCAUCAGAUCAAAAACAAGCGAUGUGAUGAUCAUCAGAUCAAAAACAAGCCAUGUGACGAUCAUCAGAUCAAGAACAAGCGAUGUGACGAUCAUCAGAUCAAGAACAAGCCAUGUGAUGAUCAUCAGAUCAAGAACAAGCGAUGUGAUGAUCAUCAGAUCAAGAACAAGCAAUGCGAUGAUCUUCAAAUCCUGAAAAAGCGAUGUGAUGAUUAA